AUGCAGCAAUUCUGCUGUCCCGAGCUAUUCACUCAGACGGUGCGUCACCUUCAAGAUGGCAUGAUGGCCCGCGUCGCAGACAAUGAAGCUGUCUCAGAGGCAUUCGCACUGACCAAGGAAGUGAGGGAGGGCUGCGUCCCCGCUCCUACCCCCUUCAGUCUCAUGCUCUCUGCCAUGCUGAUGGACGCCUACCGUGACGACCGUCCUGGAAUCCGCAUCGCCUACAGGUCGGAUGGUCAACCGAUUAACCACCGGAGGAUGCACUUCCAGUCGCGUGUAACAGCAACCACCGUCCAUGAUCUUCCCUUCGCCAAUGACUGCGGCUUCAACACCACCUCGGAAGGGGACAUGCAAAGGAGCAUGGACCUCUUCGCCGCCGCCUGCAACAACUGCGGCCUGGUCGUCAACGCGGAGAAAACGGCGGCUAUGCAGCAACCGCCACUGACGCUACCUAGGUCGCGCCCAAAAUCAACGUGAACGGCGCCGAACUGCAAGCCGUGGACAACUUUACCUACCUGGGCAGCACCCUCUCCCGCACCACCAAGAUUGACGAUGAAGUAGCCCGCCGGAUCUCCAAAGCCAGCCAAGCCUUCGGCCGUCUGCAAAGCAGAAUCUGGAAUCGCCACGACCUCCAACUCAGCACCAAGCUGAAGAUGUAUAAGGCAGUUAUCCUGCCGACGCUGCUGUAUGGAGCAGAGACCUGGACGGUAUACAAGAAGCUUGCGCGAAGACUCACUCAUCCUCACCUCACCUGUAUCCGGCGGAUACUAAAGCUGAGAUGGCAGCACCGGAUCCUGGACACGGAUGUACUGAAGCGGACGGGAACCCUCAGCAUCUACGUCAUGCCGAGACAAAUGCAACUGCGUUGGGGCAGCCAUUUCGUGUGGAUGGACGACAUCUCUUUUAUGGAGAUGUCGCCACUGGUUUCCGCAGACCACUAA